AUGGCUGGUGGAACCAUGAAGAUUCAGCUGGUUUUUCUUCUAACCAGCCUCUUGGCUCUCUCUUCUUCUGUAAUGCUCGUCCAUGGCGAAGAUCCUUACCUCUUCUUCACAUGGAAAGUCACUUACGGCACAGCUUCUCCUUUAGGACAUCCUCAACAAGUCAUCCUCGUCAAUGGUCUCUUCCCAGGACCUGUCCUAAACUCAACCACCAACAACAACAUCGUCCUCAAUGUCUUCAACCACCUCGAUGAGCCUCUUCUCUUAACCUGGAACGGCGUUCAAGAGCGGCGGAACUCCUGGGCCGACGGAACUCCGGGAACUCAAUGCCCUAUCCCGCCGGGAACAAACUACACUUACCAUUUCCAGAUGAAAGAUCAGAUCGGAAGCUAUUACUAUUACCCAACUUUAGGGUUACAGAGAGCCGCCGGUGGAUUCGGUGGCAUCACCAUUAACAGUCGGCCAUUGAUCCCGGUGCCGUACGACCGGCCGGAAGAGGAAUACACAGUUCUGAUCUUUGAUUGGUAUACACAAAACCAUAAGGAUCUGCAGAAGAUAUUGGACAGUGGUAAGGGACUUGACAGGCCAAAUGGUGUUCUGAUCAAUGGGAAAACAGCAAAAGGUGAUGGAAAGGACAAGCCAAUGUUCAUGAUGAAACCUGGGAAGACAUAUAAAUACAGAAUCUGUAAUGUUGGCAUGAGGGAGACAUUAAACUUUAGAAUUCAAGAUCAUCGCAUGAAGCUGGUUGAGCUUGAGGGGUCCCACCCAAUGCAGAACUUUUAUGAUUCACUUGACGUUCAUGUUGGACAAUGCUAUGCUGUUCUUGUGACAGCUGAUAAUAAGGAACAUACAGAUUAUGUCAUGCUGGCUUCCACCAGAAACAUCCACACAAACCCUCAUGACAAGGACGCCGCCGUCCUCACCGGCAAGGCCAUCAUUCGGUACGUCGGCGGACACGGCGCUCCGUCGCCAAAGCUUCCACCGGCGCCUACCGACAUACAGUGGUCGGUGGAUCAGGUCAGGUCGUUCCGGUGGAAUCUGAGCGCCAACGCGGCGAGGCCGAACAUCCAGGGAUCGUACAAGUACGGCCAGAUCCAGAUAGCCCGGACGAUAAAGCUGGUGAACACGGUGGAGAAAGUGAAGAACAAGCUUCGUUAUGCCAUUAAUGGGGUGUCACAUGUUGAUCCAGAAACGCCUCUGAAGUUGGCUGAGUAUUUUGGAGUGGCGAAUAAGGUGUUCAAGUAUAAUAUAAUUACUGAUAACCCACCGGCGAAGAUAGCAAAGAUCAUCGAGGCACCAAAUGUUAUAAACAUUACGUAUCGCAGCUUUGUUGAGAUUGUGUUUGAGAACCAUGAAGAUACUAUGCAAUCAUUUAACUUGGAUGGUUAUGCCUUCUUCGUAGUGGGAAUGGAGCCAGGCGUAUGGAGUCCAGAUAAAAGGAAGAGCUACAACCUUGUAGAUGCAGUGAGCAGACACACAGUUCCAGUGUUCCCAAACCAUUGGACAGCCAUACUCUUAACAUUUGACAACGUUGGAAUGUGGAACUUAAGGUCUGAGAUGGCUGAACAUCGCUACUUAGGUCUCCAACUUUACAUCAGUAUCCUCUCAGAUUCUGCCCAGUUCAGAGACGAAUAUAGCCUCCCAGAAUGGCAGCUUCUUUGUGGCAUCGUCAAGAAUCUCCCCAGACCUAAACCCUAA